UACGGCUUGCCACUAAGAUGCACAGCUAGCCAAUGGCGAAAACUGGAGGUCACGCAAGAUAUUCGUAACGAUAUUGUCGAAAACUUCGUCAGACGGGCUGUAGUCUUUCAGACCCUUUGGAAGCAGACGGUUGACACAAAACGAAGUUUGUCUUUACUGGCAGCAGCAGCGAAUUAUUUGGCGAAUAUUCGUAACCAGCACCCAAUAAGUGUUCAGUUAACCAAACAUCUUUGCCUGCACAUCUAGUAAUUUUACCAGCUUACAGAUCAUUUCAAUCAAUUUUGAUUUUUGUAGCUUUUUCUUCUGGUAGCCGUAUCAAUCAAAUCAAAUAACGUUGCGUUGAUUGCACCGUCAACUGAAACGAUAAUCUGAUUGAUUCAUUCUGCACCAAACAAUUCUCCAAGUUUUAAGAUGAGUGAAGACACCGGAAGUAGCUCAAAUCCCAUCUCCACCCGUUCAACGACGAAUAAUACAUUAACUACCAAAGAAGAGGUUGCCAGGGAAAUAAAAGAAUGGAUGGAGAUCGAUCAAGAUGGCACUAAUAAAACUUAUGAAAAUGCCGUCAAACACAUCGAGUUCAAACUGGGACGCCCACUUUCCUGUUUGGAAAAAACUGGGUUUGAGAUGCCAUAUGUCCAAACGGUAUUGCAAAUGUGGCUGAAAAAAAGUUUAAAAAAGGCUUUUGAAUACCUGGACAAUUGCAAUAACGAUAUCACCAAGGAUAUGUCUAAUGACUUGAAACUAUUGGAUUCCAUAAAUUGUUUUGAGGACAUUCGUUCUAAGGUAAAAGACGUGGCAUUGCCACUGCGAAACUGGUGCGACGAGGAGUGUCGAUAUCUUAAACUUGUUUUCGAACAGGAAGAUCUGUUUACAAACACGCCACGUUUCACCGUCUCUGUCAACUGCUACUUGACUCAAUUUAAAACAUCGUGCAUUGAAAAGAUGUUCUCCCGAUGUCUGAGCGACAUCGUCAAGGAUGAAACCAACGGCCAGAAACACGAAAAAUUCAUUAUUGACCUAAAUGAUUUCUUGACUUUUGUUAAUGAAGACAAAAAUGUAUUUGAAAAAAUGCUGUUGCAGCUAGGGAAUCCCCAAAAUAACGAAGAAUGCAAUGGCAAUACUGGCGAGGAAUUAUUAGUUAAAAAACUGGUGGAAAUGUUUGUCAGUUGUUCUAAGAACGAUUUCCUGGCUAGCGUCAGAAAGGAAGAGAUUUUGCAAGCCAUUCUGGAGAAGAACUUGAUGGUGGUUGAAAAUACAACUGACACUGAAUGGCCAGAGUCGUUUCACAGACUAGUCGAGAAAAUGUCACAAAGCAUUCUCCAGACUGACGGCAGCCAGACAACGCCAAGUCUAACACUUGAAUGGUUUCAACGUUAUCAAAAAGCCUCGUCACUAAUGAAAGACGUCGAGUGGACCCCGAAAUUGCGAAUUCUGACAAAAGAAAUGUACAAGAAAUUCUUGUUACCCGAAACUGAAAUCAAUUACAAGGAAGAAGACGGAAAGCAAAUCAUUUUCAUUAAAGGAAUCGCCAUUUUCGUCAGCAAAAUGCUUCAGCUAAUGAAACAAUUGAAAGACGAACAUCCGGAUGUCGAAGAAAUCAAAAUCGUUGGAUUGAAAUCCGUCCACAUCGAUUGUGACUUGGAUAAUGAAAUCUGGCACGGAAUAAACAUUGGCAUUGUCACCGACAAGCUCAUCGUCGAUGACAUCACUGACAAUAAUGCACAGACUUGGACCGGAUUUUGUUGGAACGUAUCCGGAAAAAAUGCUCAACAUCAACCGAUGGGAAAACCUUGUCAAGCGGGUGAGAGUGGCGGCAACGUGCACGUCGUUUGCAACGAAAUAGUAAACGGCCAGAAAUGGACGAUCGUAUCGGACGGAGGUGACGGAAGUGCGGCUUACAAAUGGACCGAGGAAAAAUUUAAAAAUUAUUUUCCGUCCAUAUCGACGGGUGAUGAAAAGGCAAUGGGAACCGUAUUGACAACAUUAAAAGAAAUCUUACCAAGAGAAAAUCGAACAAGAGACAAAGAUGUUCUGCCAGGGCACAAGGGCGAUUUUCUCAUCAGCGGCACGGCGAACAACGGCAGUGAAAUCACGGCAAUAUUGUAUAGGGGGAAAGAAGAAGGGCAGACACUCUUUUUAAUCAGAGGUACCAAAACAGGGGGCAAAGCCGGGCAAGGUGGAUACGGUGGCAAGAUCGAAGUGAACAUUGUCGGGGAAUCGUCUAUGACAUCCGGGAUUCCUUUGACGGGCAAGGAUACAAGACGGAAACAAUUGACGGCUGAGCGAUUGGGAGUCUACGAGGCUUCGUGUCCCAACGGAAAUAUUGGCAAAUUAACAGGUGACGUUGCUUUUACCCAAACAGUCGCAAACGGCGGUGGAUAUUUCUACGGGUUUGAAAAAGACGAGAAGAUCACAAUUCAACUGGGCGUAGAGAAGGAACCAGCAGAAAAAGAAGGUGAAAAUUUAUACGUGAAAUAUCAGGAAGAAAAGAAGAAAAUGUAUGCCAAAUUAUCCGUCUCUAAAUACUCUGCCAGCGACUUGGCAGUGAUGCUGGUGGAUUCAGUCCACCAGAAGAAGGCAGUCAUUCGUCAAAGUCUCGUCCGUCACCUCAACCAAAUAGACGCACGAAAGCAAUUGACAGAGUCCCUCCAAGAGAUGUUAUCCAAUCAUGCAAAACAUCAUUCCAUGAGCAAAGAAGAAAUGAUAAAAGCAACGGAAAACAAGAUCCAUCAACAGAUUCAACACCAUCAGCUCAUGGCUCAGCGUCGACAAGAGCAGCAAUUUGAGAAAAUUGAACAAUACUUUAGACCAGCGUUUGAUCCAUCACGAUCGUUUCCGAAGCCCAAAAUAAUCGGUCGCCGCCCCGUUUGGAAUGAAAAUGUCGUCAGUUCCAACUGUCUCGAUGUAUUGCCGACAGAGGAUGGAACUGACAGUCUUCUUCACUGCCUUUUCGGCCAAUUAAAUUCGGAUGGUAAAUACGUGUGCAAGGACACUAACAAGUUCCGCAAACUGAUUGCAAAACACAUCCGUGAAGAAGACUCCAGCAGAGCCAAAACCUACAACGGCGUUGUCAUGUUCGUUUUGCGAGUAGAUAAUGACAACAUUUUCCCGAUGGCGUGUGCUAAAAGAGGCGAAUUGAUAAAAAACAUCAUAGCAAAGUAUCAGCCGUUGAAGGGAAAAGAGACACAAGUAUUGUACUGGUUGAACUUGAACGGCCAUAGCGACGACGAUGAAUUUCUCGACUCAAAAUACGACGAUGAUGAGUGGAAGAAGGCAUGGGGCAGCAUUGGGCAUGAUUCAAAAAAAAUUAAAAAGCAAUUACUAGAAGAGAAAUCAAACUGGAAAAACAACAAAGAUUUGAAAGACGAAUACACCAGAUACAUCGAGUCACCGACAGGUACACUGGGAUUCGCCGAACUAGAAAUGUUGGCAGAGAUGUUUAAAAUUGCAAUCCACGUUUAUAAAUACCAUGGCUUAUCAUUUUUCAAAGAGAAAGAAAAAAUAAAUCCAUUAAAUGACAUUGAAUAUUACAUAUUAUGCGAAGGCAACAGUCAAUGGAAAAGACUUUCAUCUGAAGACAAUAAUUGUGAUUGGUUUCGACAGUUCUCUUUUAAAGCUGAAGAACAAAGUUACGAUUCAGAAAGUUUUACCAAAUUAAUGUCUCUUAUUAGAAAUACAGACAUUGAUCAAAAGGAUAGAGUUAUCACUUCCAUUGAGAAGUUCAAUCCCCGAAACAAGACACCAGCCAAACUAUCUCAACUUCUCUUGGACCGAUUAAACAACCUGAACAGUCAAGUAGAUGCAAAAAAACUUGCAUCCGCAAUCAUUGCACUAGCAAAGUGGAUUGAGUACUACAACGCCCGAAAUAUAAGUCCUUUAUUUUACCUGCACAUCGUGGAAAAGAAUGAACCAAACGACUGGGAAUGCGAAUUUAUUCUAUUAGAAAUGGAAGAACGGUUGGAGAAGCUAUGGAAGCAUUUCACCGAGAGAGAAACAUGGAGAAGAGUAGUGCGUAAACAUUUGAUGCGUCACAACCGAGUACUUUCAAUGUUCACUGAAUUUGCAUUGAGAAAAGAGGAAAGUGACAUUUUGUUUUUCUUAGAUCCCGAUAAACUAUUACGGAUGUUAACAGUUUUUGAAGAAGUAAAAUGCGAUUUGACCAGAGAAGGCUUUGGUCCAUUAUCUGUAAUUAACUUAUUCUACAAACAGAGAAGCGCAUUUUUGAAGAAAGAAGUAGAAAAUUGGUCGGUUGACAAGCAAAAAGUAGAAGAUUGGUUAGUUAACGAGCGAAAAUACGUUUCAUUUUUUUUACUGGAUCUGGAAUACAAAAACGAAAACAAAUUGCUAGCUAAAUUGAUGAGUGACAAGAAAUUGACGAUGGGCGAUACAGUUCUAAACACCCCAGGAGAGAAUUCUAAAUUGAACCCGAAAAGUUUGAACGAGAUUAUUGCUGAAAUGGAGGGAAAAGAUCCGGAAAACAAGACGACUAAAAAAAUUGAAACAAAGGUAAAUAGUUCGGAAUCCAUGAAAUACAAAUUCUUGAAAAAAGAAAAAAUCAAGAUGAAAAACGAACAACGAAACGAAAAACGAAAAGAAUUUGUGUUUGAAUUCAUUUCUAAAAAGGCAAAGAAAGGUUUAUGCUGGACGGAAGCUUUUCUUUGCGUUUUCGAAUACUCCGUCAAUUUCACCAUGGGAUUCCAACUGCGUGACACACAGAAAUUCGCCAUCAUGGCUUUACUAUCUAACGGAUGUUCCGGUCUUCAUAAAACAUUAGCGCAGGUAUCGACAGGUGAAGGCAAAUCAAUUAUCGUGGCCGGGGUUGCCAUUGGAUUUGCACUUUCAGAUCGUUUUCAUCCAAACAAUAAAAAAGUGAAUCAUCAGGUAGACGUCAUCACCAGUAACGACGUCCUUGCUCUUCGUGAUUCUAAUCUGCCAGUUAAUGAAGGAGGACUGAAGGAACUUUACGAGUUUUUUAACGUCACCGUGGCAAACAACUGCAGUAAAAAUGUAGACGAGCGCAAAAAGGCCUAUAACAUGGACGUCGUUUAUGGGCAACUUGUAAAUUUUCAGCGAGAUUAUUUGCUGGACACAUUUUACCAUCGCGACAUACAAGGUGGCCGAAAGAUGGUGUAUGGCAUCAUCGACGAAGUGGAUUGCAUGUUGCUGGAUGGUGGUAACAACAUGCUCUACCUGUCGCACGACAUCCCCGGUAUGGAGAUGCUGGAAUCUCUUUACGUUUUCAUUUGGGGAAAAAUACAACACCAUUCAGUGGAAAUAAUCAAAUCCAAAAUCCUGUAUGACCUCUACGGCCAAAUAACAGAAGAAGAUUUGGAAAAUAUUCACGGUCCAUUGGGACAAAAGGAAUCGAAAAGAAAUGCGUUAUGGGAACAUCUGAUUGAGAAAAAAGUUAUCGACCGACAAGGACGUUUGCUGUUUAGGGAACUCAGUGAAAUUACGGAAGAAAAGAUCAACUACACAGUUAAUCCCAAACUUAAUCCCAAAAUCGUUUUCUAUUUCCGUCAAAUAGUAGAGCGCGAGCGUCACGUUCGCAUACCGGAUCAUUUGUUGGAUUUCGUCGAAAGACACCUGGACGCUUGGCUGGAUAACGCAAGGCGGGCACUGGAGCUCAAACAAGACGUAGACUACGUCAUUGACCAUGACCGAUCAGACUCAAGUCCCGAUCUGAAUCCGCAAGUGAUCAUCAUCGAUCCGGAGACGGGGACGGAUCAAUCCAAUUCGCAAUGGGGCGGAGCCCUGCACCAAUUCCUUCAGCUAAAGGAAGGAUGCAAAUUGACGUUGCAGAGUCUCAAAGCAGUGUUCAUCUCCAACGCAAAAUAUAUUAAAAAAUAUAUUUAUUUUGCAGGUGUGUCGGGAACCCUGGGCUCCCAGCCAGAAAAGGAAUUUUUGAAAAAGAAAUAUGAAUGCGAUUUAAUAACUGUUCCACCUGCUUUCCCUAAACGUUUCCGCUUUAAACCGACUAGAUUACUGAAGACAAAUGAAAAAUGGAAGGAGGUUAUUACUGAAGAAACCCGUUGGGCGAUCAUUGGCCAAAAUCGUUCCAUCGUCAUCUUUUGUCGAUCCAUUAAAGAGGUCAACAUAGUUCAUAAACAAUUGAUAUCUGCAAUCAAAGAACUCAGAGACAAUAAUAAGCGCAUCCAUCGCUACACUCGUGAUUACGAGAAAUUUGCUUUUGAAUAUUCUGAACUGGAUGUCGGACACGUAAUCGUCGCCACCAACUUGGCCGGCCGAGGGACGGACAUCAAAAUCAGUGAAAAUCUAGAAGCCAACGGAGGUCUGCACAUUUGUUUGACUAAUUUUGUGGAUAAUGAAAGAGUCGAGGAACAAGCGAUGGGUCGAGCGGCAAGAAAAGGACAACCAGGAAGUGGAAUCCUCAUCCUGUGCGAGGAACAAAUUGACCAAACGGAGGAGUCGGGCACAAGUGAAGAAUGGGGGGCUGAGAAAAUUUUUGUCAUGAAAGAGGUUAGAGAAUGGAAGGAGAUUCAACGAAUUUCACGUUUGGAAAAAGAUUUCAACCACCUUAAAAUGCUUGAAGAUUUAUUUGAAAAUUACACCAAUAAUUUCUCCGAAAGGAAAGUCAAAGAAAAAUUCGGGGAAAUUAAAAAAAAUCAUAAACAAUGCGAAAAUCAAAUCGUCCAACUACUGGACGAUGACAAGUUGCUUAAGCAGGUCUUCCAUGACAGCAUUCUUGACAAAUGGGCUUUGUGGGUAGACGAAACAGAUUACGACUUGAAAUGUUUUGAUUUAAAACCAAAAAAAAAUAAUUUUAAUUUUGAGACUUUAAUUGUUGAUAUUCCCAAUUGGAUGACGCCGGCCCGUAGAGUCAACAUUGCCACACACUUGACAAUGAAAAGUUCCGAAAAUUCCGAAAAAGAAGCAAGUCAAGCCACAAACAUUUUGAAUAACCUACAAAAUUCAACUGAAAACUUUUUCUACCCAGCCGCAUUUUACUAUCGUGCUUUUAUUCUGCUCAAGGAAAUGAAAAACGAAAAAGAAGAAAGCAAAACAAAUCAAUUCAUCUGCAUGUUACGACAUACGGAGUCAAUUUUGAAUGACCACAUCAAAAUGCAAAUUUCUUUCAGUCUAAUUCAUCAAUCCGAGAUAAAACCUAACCAAACCCUUUCAUUUUAUCCCGUCGAUGGCUACAAGGAACAGAAAGAAAACAACAUUGAAAUACUUCAAUAUUUUUUAAGCUCUAUUCAGUGGUUGCUAGGCAACUACUGCUCUAUUUCGAAUUUCAGGGAAGUUGUAAGUGACAUCCCGAAAGAUCUCGGAUUUUUUGGAAAAUAUUCAAAAAAAAUUGAGAACUUCAUCAACAACCAGAAAGAAAACGAAGAACUGAAAAGACGUAAAAUUCGCCUCGAAAAAGUGGACGAAUAUUUUAGUUAUCUGAUCAAAUCCAAGUGCAUUGCCUGUAAACUCAACGAUCCCGAUACCAUUCCGAACGUUGUUAUGGGCAAGUCCAAAAUCUCAAGUAACGACAUUCGAAGCAAAAUAAUAAACAAAAUAGCCGACGACUACGGCGUCAACGCUUCGUUAGAAAACAAACUAAAAUCUGUUUUUUAUAAAUCUCGGGAUGAAAAGGACAUUGAAAAGAAACUGGAAAAAAUUAAUUUGAUUCCGUGCACCAGGAAGGCGUUCUGGAAGAAAUUAGUCGAUACCAAAGCCUUAAAUUCUCCAAAGGAGUGCGUUAACAUGAAAUGUGUCAUCAUUUCAGAAGAAAAACUGGAAUUAAUACAAUCGAAACUUGAUAAGCGAAAUGCAAUGAUCUUAGAUUUUGGCGGAAAUUCGUUUAAUCACAAAACUAAUUGUCUCAACGUCCUUUACAACCCGACCUAUGAAAGUCGCCAAGAAUUGGAAAAACAAAAAAAGCUCAUGUUUUGUAAAAAGUACGUUCGACGCAUUCUAUCGUCUGAGUAUAGCGAAAAUAAGAAACUUUUCGAAUCAAACAAAAUCGCACAACUUGACCUCGACAAACUCAAAGACGUGAACCUUGAAUCGUUCGGUCAACUGGGAAUUGAUGACCUGCGUCAAAUUUCAAUCAAUCAAUACGAACACGGAGGGAUUUGGAAUCAACUGAUCGCUCAAAAAAUAAUAAAUGACCAAGGCUAUCUUGUACCAGACUUCAAUAAAGAUUUCAAGUAUCCUGACUGCCCAGCGUAUGCUGACACGGUCAUGCGUUUGGUGGGAAAAAAAUUCCUCGCCGAAAUAGUCAGACAACAGUGGCUAAUGUCGAAGGAUACACCCCAAUGUCUCAAAGCCAUCAUUUUGUUACCUUGCAAACCGUAUCGAGAUAUGCUGGGAGAUUUGAUGGCUGCCCACGUCAUAUCUGGCGCUCGAGUGUCGAACAUAUCUGUAGACGACUUAAAGAAAAAAGUUGACAAAAUGGCAGAAUACCAUACAGAAGGUGAAAAUAUUAUGGAAUUCUUGACAAGCCGUCGAUCUGUUUACGCUGAGAAAACCAUCACCCCUGAUUUCUUCCUCGACUUUAUCGAUCGUGACAUAAGAAAAGAGUCAAAUAAAGUGAUUCGAUUUGUUUCCAGUGAACUGUAUGUAUUUAGUCUUGGAGGAUUUGAUCGCAUUAUUGACAUUAAGAAUCGGGAAUGGACAUUUAAAAGAGUUUUAAAGGCGUCAUUAUUCGCAUCACUCUUCAUCGUUGGUGCCCUCGCAUCUAUUGGCGCCGGAGCCGUUGCCUCAAUACCAGGAGUUCAAGAGCUGGCAGCUGCCACAAUACCGGCAAUUCAAGGGUUACUCGGUUUCAAAUUACCAUCUGAAAUUUGCAAAAACCUACUUUUCAUGGGAGGUUUCUCUGACAUCUUGUACGUGGUAGAAACCAUCUUGACCCGGAAAGACUUCACGUGGGCUGACUACGGGCGCCAAAGAAUUCGAAGCGCAAUAGGAAAAAUGGAGCCGAUCGACGCUAUCAAAGCCAUUUGCAAAUUAUCUAAAAGCUCCAAUCAAAGUUUCGGAGAUUCAAGUAACGUAAAACACAGACCAUAAUCAACAAUUACAGAAUGCGCGGGUGUUAAUUGAGGAAAUUAUUUGAUUUUUUGUUCUGUGAAGAGCAUUGUUGCCAAUUACUCAAAGUAAACAGUAAAUCACCAACAUGAUGAUAAACGAAGUGUAAGCAACUUCCGUGUCUUUUAAAAAUACAUGAUUUACUAC